GUCACGAAUUACUGAAGCUGCAGGUGUUCCUUCAAUUGGAACCGUGCUGCCAAGAGUUAAUUCCUUUUUUCAACAUUGUCAUCCUCGUCGAGACAUUUUCCAACGGCGAUUAUAUCGCAACUCGACGCGAUUUCUCCCGUCGCGAUACGUCAAUUCCAAUAUUUUGAUCCUAUUUAUCCAAUUACAUCGCGUACAUCGGCAUAACCAUCGCCACGAUGUCCGACUCAGAAGGCGGUGGUGAUCUCUUCGGUGACGAGGCAGGAUCAGUUGGUUCCCAAGAUCAAGUACUAAGUGAUCAGGAUCUCGGAUCGGAAAUUGAUGAUGGUGAGAAUCGCGACCGUGACAUCGACCAAGAUGGCGAUGAAAAUAUCGAGAAUGGUGAUCAAGAAGUGAAGGUGAAGCGCAUCAUGGGUGUUACGCUACAUCGACACAGGAUCCCCAGAACCUCUAAGGACGGCGCUGGCUUCCUACAAACUUUAAAAAUCCCUUCCUUCCUUAAGUUACAGGCAGAAGAAUACAAGCCUGACACGUAUGAAGCGACCGAGUGGGAUAUCCAGAACGCGCGUUCCGAUAAGCGCAAGAACGUAGUUCGUUUCACUCGUGAUCCCGAAACUGGCGAGUUGAAGAGCAACGCGCUUAUCCACCGAUGGGACGACGGAUCGGUCACUAUGUCAGUCGGCGCCGAACAUUACGAGAUACAAAAGAAGACAAUGGCACCAGGAGCCGAUAAGCCGUACUACGAAGAGCGAGAUGACGCCAACUACUAUGUCGCAGCCGCACAUUUCACGAGCGAGUUAUUCGUGACUGUCGGCCACGUAAAUGAGCAGUACACCGUCAACCCGCCCUCGAACUUAAAGGACGAGGCUAUCCUCAAGUUCAGUCGCGCCAUGGAGGAAGCGGCACGCGCUAGAAAACAAGGCGCCAACAUGAUCUUUACAACUAAUAAAGAUCCGGAACUCCAAAAGAGGGAGGCCGAGGCCGCUGAGAAAGAGCGCAUGAAGGCACAGCGACGACGGGAGAACGCAUCCGCACGCAUGGAUAGUCGAGCUUUAGGUUCCUCUGUCAACUAUAAGAGUGGCCUUUCUAUUGGUGACCUCGAGGGACGAAGAGGCCCCGGCGGUACUCGCAAGAGAGGUGCACCGGGAGCAUCGAAAGGGAAGCGACGCCAGCCAGAAUAUGAUUCGGAUGAUGACUUCGCAUCGGGCGCUCACCGUAGGAACGAGUAUGACCGCGAGGAUGAUUUCAUCGCCUCUAGCGACGAAGAGGAAGAAGGAGGCGCCGAAGAUGAGGAUGACGAGGAAGACAUCCUGGACGAUGACGAGGAGGAAGAAGUGCCUCGCAAGAAACGACAGAAGACGGCCGAUGCAGAGGAAGAUGCUGACGCUGAUGCGGAUGCUGACCUGGAUGACGUAGACGCGCCCGCUCCAGCCGGCGAGUCUUCUCACCGACGAAGGCGACACAUCAUCGACGACGAAGACGAGGAUGAGGAGUAAAGGAUCCGUGGGCGUUAACUUAUCGGGAAAAGGAGUUUCGGUCUGUACUUUACUCGUAGUCACCUCCAGAAGCCGCUUUGCUUAAUUUGCCAAUACCAUUUACGUGAAUACACCCCUAAGUCCGAUUAUCUAGAAAGAUG